GUUUCCCCUGUGUCUUCUCCUCCUAGUUGCCGACUAUGUUACGCUAAGACAGAGUUUGACAAUGCGAAUGUAACGCCUCAUUGUCGACUGAAUCCUUUGUAUACUCUGUCGUCAUGGGCCCCAAUCGACAGACUGAUAGUCUCGGUUCUGCCGCCGCCGAAACCGAUGCCGAAGUUGUUGAAGAAUUACGCUUACGACUGGCCGAGGCUUCCAUAAAAUGCUCCGAGCGUUGUCUGUACCAGUCUGCAAAAUGGGCGGCCGAAAUGUUAGACUCUCUUCCUGAACUUCACGACUCCGGCAACGACUUCCCAACGAAUGAUACGAAUAACGUCCAAUCCUCGUACCAGAUAUUCUCCACGACAUAUGAUGACCCAGAAGAAGCCUCUCUUGAAGCCAAGGAAGCACCAAAAUACCUCCUUGCCAAAUCCUAUUUUGACACCAAAGAAUUCGACCGAUGUGCCGCCGUCUUUCUGCCACCAUCCAUUCCAGCAGGUGGCCUUGCUAUAUUUGAAAAGCCAAAAGGCCGCACCCCCAAUACUACGCCGGCAAAGACCAAAGGGAAAUCGCGACAGGAUGGUCCUUCACCCACAAACCCGUUCCCACGCCUGAGCCAGAAGUCUCUCUUCCUGGCCCUCUAUGCUCGAUAUAUUGCAGGAGAAAAGCGGAAAGACGAGGAGAGUGAGAUGGUUCUUGGUCCAGCCGACGGAGGUCAGACCACAAAUCGCGAGUUAGUGGCCCUAACACGAGCUCUCGAAUCUUAUUUUCAGUUUCGAGACAAACAAGAUGUCCAGCUUAAGCGGUCCCAGGGCUGGCUUGAAUAUCUCUAUGGUGUUGUCUUGGCCAAGUCCAGACAAGAAGAGUUGGCUCAGCAAUGGCUAUUACGCAGUGUCCGACUCAAUCCUUACCACUGGGGCGCGUGGGAGGAACUUGGCGCUCUGCUGAGCUCUAUCGAUGACCUCAACGCCCAUGUCCUUCCUGUCAACAUCAUGUCGAUCAUGUACCAGACCUAUGUCAGUGUCGAUCUCUUUUCUACAUCAGAUCAAUCCACCACCUAUAACCACCUCAAAAUCUUGCUCUCCUAUUUCCCGACCUCAACCUUUUUGAUCCACCAGCUUGCGCUCUCUCACUACCAUAACAAGGAUUACGAGCUCGCAGCCUCAUUGUUUCAAGACCUCCUCACCACGCAUCCCCACCGUCUCGAUGGUCUCGAUCAUUAUUCCAACAUUCUAUACGUCAUGGCUGAUCGCCCCAAACUUGCAUUUUUGGCUCACCUGGCUACCUCGGUCGACAAAUUCCGCCCUGAAACAUGUUGCGUGGUGGGAAAUUAUUACUCGCUGUGUUCGCAGCAUGAAAAGGCCGUCAUGUACUUUCGGCGUGCCUUGACUUUGGACCGGUCGUUCCUUUCAGCCUGGACAUUGAUGGGCCACGAAUACAUCGAGCUGAAAAACACGCACGCAGCCAUCGAGUCCUACCGGCGUGCGGUCGACGUCAACCGGAAGGAUUAUCGUGCAUGGUACGGCCUUGGUCAAGCCUAUGAGGUUCUCGAUAUGGGAUUCUACGCUCUUUUCUACUAUCAACGAGCCGCUGGUCUACGACCUUACGAUCCUAAAAUGUGGCAGGCGGUGGGUAGCUGCUAUUCUAAGAUGGAUCGAACAGAGCAAGCUAUCAAGGCUCUCAAGAGGGCACUGGUUGCGGGAGCGUAUUUUGAGGAUGACGCGGCGUCGGCAGGAACACAGUCAUUCAAUGCAGGUGCAUCGUUGAACAGCAUCCCGCCCACCAAGAAACCCCAAUCUCGCAAGUUGCUCGAUCCAGAGACGCUUUUCCAGAUCGCUUUGUUGUACGAACGCAUGGCUCAGGAGGAUGAGGCGGCGAAAUAUAUGGAUCUGUGCGUGCAACAAGAAACGGGCGCCACUGGCUUGACCGUUCAGAAGGUGCAGCGCAAACGAGCAAGACGAGAAGCGAAAAGGGACGAGCAAAGACAACGUGUAGCAGCACUGAGAGCAGAGGCGGGAUCCGAGAUGGAUGGAGAUGGAGAUAUUGACCUCUCCGGAGCGGGUGACGAUGACACUGAGAUAUUAUCCAGUCGAUCGGACGAGGAGGAUGGCGUCGAUGGUGACGCCCAAGACGGGCAUGGUGAAGGCGAAGGCGAUGGAUUUGGUACAGGAACCACGGCAACGACGAGUAAAGCCCGUCUAUGGCUUGCGAGAUACAGUGUCAAACAAGGCGACUUCGACCGCGCAGAAAGACUGGCGGAAGAGCUGUGUAUGGAUGGAUACGAAGUUGAAGAGGCCAAAGGUUUGGUGAGAGAAGUCAGAGGACGGAGAGAAGGUGGUGUCCCAGGAGAAGGGGAAUGAUGAGCCUCAAAUAGGCGAAGAGUUGAUCUAUAACCCGAAAUCUGUCCAAGUGAUGGUCAAAAGGCGGUAAAAAGGAGAAUCCUGAUCCAUUGAGGAGACAAACACAGUCUUCCAACGUCAUGACGACCCUUACAUCCUCCUGACCAACGCCACCUGACACUCUAUACUUG